CCAACACCACCACUUACUGUGGAGCGCAAUGCUUUGUGGCUGGAGCGGAGGAGGAACAACUUGCUGCAUGUAUUUUUAAAUCUAACGUCUCUGCUGUUUAUAAUGAAGCCAACGGGGAUUGACCGCAUUUAAAUCUUGCUGCGGAUUAUUUGCUCUGAUCGACUAGUCAAUGCCAAACCUCUGGCCUCCUCUGGCUAAUCAUCAGGUCAGCUGACCCAUGGAGGACAGAACAGAAAGCCCAAUCGCUGUGAAGGUGGAGGAGCACACUCAGUAUGUCAUCCUCACUUACUUCCAAGGAGACAUCAGCAGCAUGGUGGACGCUCACUUCACCCGUGCCCUGGGCAAAGUGGGCAAGGCCAGCUCUCCUGCACUCAAAGCAAAGAAAAUGCGCAAAACUAUCAAACUGGAGGACGUCAAAUCUUGCCCGACCGGUGUCGUUGACGCCUACACAGACUCACAGGUGCCUCCUGCAGCGGGACAUCUGCUCAGCUUUAGCCCCGCGGACAUGGGCUCCAGCUCCUGGUCGUCCCCCGGCGCCCGGCUACCAGAGGGCCCCGCGAUACCUUCCUUCGCCUACUCCCUUCCCUCACAAGGGCUGAGUCUCACCGGACAGCAAUACGCUAGUUCGCUGCUCAACCUGCUGCACGACCGGAACGAGGUGGGACCGAGCAUGGCGUCCGGCUCCAAGCCGGACCUGCUCCCCAGCUGGUCCAUGCCUCAAGGGUUCGUGGAGCCGGAGGCUGGCUUUGAACACGAUCGGAGGCUGGACAAGAAGAACCUGUACUGGUACUGAGCAGCAGGACGGGCCGCUGCUGGAGGUCCGCGGAGCUGCUUGCCUCCGUGCAGGAACUCCUGCUCGUCAGACAGGCCUCCGAGUGUCUUCUGAGAAGAUGAGCCGAUAGAAGAGCAGCCGUCGCGUUCCCUGCCCCCGCUCUCCUCAGUAAGAUGACCUCAAUACUUCAGCAUGUACAAACUGGAUCAACCUUCCUGAAGAGGAGCACUCUCUGACAAACCUGUUCCUCGACUCCGGCUUUCUUCUUCUAGUCUGUGCUCUGUGUGUAGCUGCUUCCUGAACAGUGCAGCAGGAUAAAGGGCAUUUUCUUGUUCCUUUAUCGGACACUUAGUAAAAACACACCAGUAAAUAGACCAGUAUUAGGUUGAAGUAGAAACAGUGACAGCUUUUUGAGUAGACAGAUAUUAGAGUUAAUAUCUGUCCUCAGGAUACUUUUUAGCUAGAAGUAUAUUUUUCCAACAAAUAACAAUGAAGGAUAGUGAUGUUUUAAUUUCCUGUGAUGUUAAGUUGAUCUUAAAAGCAUUUUGUGUACUGUUCAAACACGGAAUCAUAUGUAAACUCAAAUAAAUGACCAAGGAGACUUUAUUAAAAGCUCAACGGUAUCGGAGUGUUAUGUUAAAUAUUAAGUGAUUGUUCAGAUGAAAAGAAGACGCAAAAAGAAACAAAAACCACGCGUUGAACUUUUCAAUGAACUUUUAAGAGCAACACUGACACCUGGUGGUGAUAUUAAUACAACAGUCUCAAUAAAAACCUGUAGGUUUAUAUAUGUGUGUAAAAACAAUCUCUAUAAAUAUAAGACACAGCUACACAUGGUUUAUAAUUAUAAAAUGUUUGAUGCUUUGGGCGUAUUUUAUUACUAAUAAUUAAAAGUUUCCUCCACGUUUUA